AUUUUGGGCUCGCUGAGGGGAGCGGGCGGUGCGCGGCGCCCUCUGGCGGCUGCCGGCCCGCAGCUCAGCUGCGAGCGAGCGGACGGUCGCCGGCCAUGAAAUCCGUUUUUGUCACCGUGGGCACCACCAGCUUCGACGACCUGAUCGCCACCGUCUGCUCCCCGCCGGUCCUACGGGUGCUGCAGGACCGCGGCUAUGGGAAGCUGGUGCUGCAGGUCGGACGCGGUGCGCUGAACCUGGAGCCGUGCAGCAGCCCGGCCUUGGCGGUGGAAGCCUUCCGCUUCAAGGACUCGCUGGCAGAGGACCUGGGGAAGGCAGACCUGGUCAUCAGCCACGCAGGUGCAGGUAGCUGCCUGGAGACUCUAGAAAAAGGAAAACCACUAAUAGUUGUAAUAAAUGAAAAGCUGAUGAACAACCAUCAGCUUGAACUGGCAAAACAGCUCCACAGAGAUGGGCAUGUCCUCUGCUGUACUUGCAGCACUCUUGUGGAGACGCUGCAGUCGAUGGACUUCUCAACUUUGAAGCCUUUUCCUCCUGGACAGCCAGAAAAGUUUGCUUUGUUCUUGGAUAAAGUUGUUGGCGUCUUGCCGUCGCAGGCACACGGUGCAACGAAAGUGGAAGGAGUUGGCUUAGCAAGGAUUCCUUUUCCCGAGGCCGCCCUGGCCUUCGCCGGCGCGAUGCAGAAGGGCUGGAAGAAGUACUUCGGGCAGAAGUCCUUGAGCGAGGUGGCCAUGGACGAGUACCUGGGCAGCCUGGGGCUGUACCGUAAGAUGACGGCCAAGGACGCUUCUUGCCUCUUCCGAGCCGUCUCGGAGCAGCUGUUUUCAUCUCAAAUUCAUCACGUGGAAGUUAGGAAAGCUUGUGUCUUGUUUAUGAGGCAACACCAGCAUAAGUUUGAAUCUUAUGUGGAAGGAUCAUUUGAGAAAUAUCUUGAACGACUAGGAGAUCCAAAGGAAAGUGCUGGCCAGCUGGAAAUGAGUGCUUUAGCAGUCAUGUACAAGCGAGACUUUAUUCUGUACCGGUACUCUGGGAAGCCGCCCACUUACGCUACAGACAAUGGCUUUGAAGACAAGAUUUUACUGUGUUGUUCUGGCAACGACCAUUAUGACUCUGUGUAUACAAAACAAUUCCAGGAAAAUGCUGCUAUUUGCCAGGCUGUAUUAUAUGAGAUCCUGUACAAAGAUGUGUUUGGCAUGGAUGAGGAAGAAUUAUGGUCUGCAGUUGAGGUAUUCCGAAGUGGAUCCAAGAAGAACAGAAACAGUGUCUCUGUAGGAAGUGAGGAUCCAAACUUUGACUGUCUUCAUGAAAAAAUAUCCAGAAGUCCAUCAGAGAAGAGAGUGGACAACUGGGAAGGCAAUGAUACUGACAUUCUGCAGGAAGAUAAGUUCAAACAUGGCAUUGAAGAAGAAAAGCCUUCAGAAAAUCCAUCAAAGAUGCCUGUUCCUUAUAAAGUGCUAAAGGCACUGGACCCCGAGAUCUAUCGAAACGUGGAGUUUGAUGUUUGGCUGGACAGCAGGAAAGAGCUUCAAAAAACCGACCACAUGGUGUUUGCUGGGAGACAGUACUAUUUAGGAGACAAGUGUCAGGUCCGUCUGGAGCCUGGAGGUAAGUAUUACAAUGCUCAUAUCCAGGAAGUCGGACAGGAUGACAACACAUUGACUGUAUUCGUUGAGGAGCUGGCAGAAAAGCAUAUAGUUCCUUUGGCAAACUUAAAACCAGUGACACAAGUGGCACCUGUCCUUCCUUGGAACAUGGUUCCCAGCCGAAAAGGAGGAACCUAUCAGAGAAUAACAGGUGGAUACUUCUCAGGAAUAGAAAUGGAUAUGAAAACACGGAAGAGAAUGCUUAAGAAAGUCCGUGGAAAGGAAGUCUUCAUGGCUGUGGCUUACAGCAGGGGUCAGCUGGUUCUUCCACCCCGGCUACAGCACGGUGUCCCUUCAGCACGCUCUCCUCCAGUUCACUGCUCACAGGGUGGUGGAAACAUGGCACCUUAUGAAGCUUACCAUCCUCAGCAUCCUCCUCAGAAACAUAACCGUGGAUUUGGGAUACCAAGGGAAUCUGCCCGAUUUAUAAACAGGCACAACAUGGUUGGCCCUCAAAUAGCAUUCUACCCCAGUCCAGGACAGAGAUACUAUCAGAGCUAUGACAAUUUCUCCUGCAGAUCCUGCUCCUACAGCCGUAGCCGCCGGCAGAUGCAGUGUGUGAAUAAGGAGUGUCAGUAUGGGUUUGUGCCAGCCAAUGGGGAGGAGCCUCAAGGACCAGAAGAAGCUACAACUUUCUAUGAAAUUGAAGGAGAGGAGGACACUGCCUUUUCUACUUUACCAAGCCAAGGCAGCCCUGCUCCCAUUGUCCAUGGUCCAGCAGGGUUUUGGGUAGCAAGGAGAAGCCCAAACUCUGUUCCACCUAACAAGCAGACCCUGAAUUCCUCAGAGGAGGAAGAAGAAACAAGUGAAAAUGGGAAGUUUAAUGAAGAAUAUAUGUAUGCACCACCAGAUCCCAACUGUGAAAGUCCAACAGUAUUUAGUUCAGCAGAACCUCCAGCAAACUUGGUACUGGUGAACUCUGCAGCAAUCUCAGCUUCAACAAGUGUUUAUGCUGCUCCAGCUUCAGGCUUCUCCUCGAAUUUUGCUGCGUCUGCUCCAUCCAGUGUCACAACAGCAGUUCCCUCACAGACAGCAGUUCAGCCAGUCAUAGUGUCUCCACUUUCCUUGGGGAGGCCAGCAGUUUCUUCAGUGCCAUUCCCAGUUUAUCCAGCUCCUCUUCCUCCAGUCAGUGAGGUGGGAGAAGCUGGUGCUGUUCUUCCACCGUACUCUUGUGACCCCACUGGCAGUGAUCUGCCUCGAGAUACAAAGGUCCUGCAGUAUUAUUUUAAUCUGGGAUUGCAAUAUUAUCAUCAGAGCUGUUGGCCUUCCACGGUGUAUGUACAGCCACUGCUGCCACCAUCGCCUGUGGAAGUUUACCCAGCGUAUGCUGAGCCAGCUCCUGUCCUAGAUCAGUCAGUACCUCAGCUCUACACUGAUGCUGGGAGAACUGAAGUCCAUCAAGUUCCCUUGGAAACACCUGCAAAUGGUAACUUCCAAAAUGCAGAGCCUCCACCCCUGUCCUAUGGGCCUGUGUAUUACCGAGCGGUGUCAGACCCCUUCGGCCAGCAGUCUCCUCCUGGCUUUGACUCUUUGGUCCCUGCCUAUCGCUAUGUUAGUGCCUGGCAUCCACUCAAUCCACCAUAUGGAAAUUCUCCACAAGCUGCUAACGCUGUAAGUUCAACACCACUGCACCAAGUCAGCUAUAUUGCCUCACCUAACCCUGCACCUCAUGAUGUGCCUCAAGGGAUGUAAAUCUGGCAGCUACAAGCUCACUUCUUGACCUUGGUUUUUCUUGUUUGUCAACUAUAUGUUCAUAUUGUUUUGUAAAUAUUCUCCUGUCUCAGUGGGCUGCUUCAACUGCAUUCCCAUUCCAUGUUUCCCUUUACAUUUAUACUAGUGAUAGUGGACUUGACAAGAUGCAGGAAAGUGUGGGGAAAGAGUAACACAAACUAUAGUGCAGGGAAUACAAAGCUCAGAUUUGACUCCACAAAGUGUGUGUAAAAAGCUACUCUAAAGCAAUGCUGCAUCAUGGAUCUCUGAGGGGGUUGCACUGAAACACUUGAGACACCUGGUUCUUGUUGAAGCACUGAAGUAGUCUGCUGUGACAACAACUAGGGAUAAAAACUGGGCACAGGGACAUUAGAGGAUGUUUGAAGUAGGUUGGCUUUCUGAGAUUUUGCAAAACAAAGCUGCUUUGCCACCAGUGAUCACAUACUCACAAUAGCUGUAUUUCUUCUGUAAUUUCACUGUGUGUAGGUUUCAGGGCUCCCAAAAGCCUGAAGAUCCUGUUUUGAUCUGUUGCAUAUUGCUGUAUGUUUGUUUGACUUUUGUGAAAGCUGUUGCACAAGUGGUGGUG